AAAGCAGCUUCUAUUUAAAAAUAGAAAGACGCACACUUUGUGAGCCACCAAUCACUGAUGUGGAUGAAACUCUCAGAAACCUCUCUUUACUGUCAGCUGACUUCAACACACUCAGAAGGAGCUGCACCAGUGCCGAAGAGCCUCAAAUGGCCCACAGCUCACCAAACACAAAGACACGUAACAAACAACAUGCGGGAGAUUGUCUUGUCAGUACUGAUUCUUGGAGAGAUUCUGCAGGUGUCACUAGAGCUCAUCCACCCGGGAAAAAUCACAGCCAACAAAGAAGUGGUCCAAGAAGGCGAGACAGUCACCCUGAAAUGUCUGCUCGCUGCUGAUCACCGCAGACAACGAGAGCAGUACAGGGUCUACCUGUUGCAGAACGGGAGGCGGGUCCAGCAGGACAUGGGCUCUAGCCAUCUGGGCGGUGCCAAUUUCAAGAUAGAACAAGUCACCUUGGAGAAGGCUGGACGUUAUGAAUGUGUCUACAGCCAGGAGAGCAUGGAGCUGCUGCAAGGGGCAGCUGGGAGCAAUUCAGUGAACCUCGAGGUGAAAGAACUGCACAGUUUUCUCACCCUACAGGAAGAAAAACAUAAAACACCUCAAGGCCUGGAUGCCGUCUUUAAAUGCAUCAUACCCCAUGAGAAAAGAGAAAUUAUAUUAACAAAGCCCAACGUCGGCUAUUUUGAACUUUACCAGGAUAAGGUGCUACUGUCCCGGCAGAAGAUGCAGAGCAUACCGGCCGUAAAUUUCUACUUUAAAUACAUUACCCAAAGUUUUGUGGGCUCCUAUGAAUGUGUUUACAGAACUGACAGCAACUUCACUAGGAGGAGUCGGCCCAUCUUCUUCUCUUAUGCAGAGUCCUAUCUUCUAGGAAAUAUAAUCCGGCUGAUCUUCACUGGUCUGGCACUCAUUCUAAUGCUUUGCUUCGUGGUUGAAGCUUUCAUAAACGGACUCAAAUAGUGUUGAAAAGAAAAUACUGGGCCACCUCAUUGCUAGAUUUCUGUGUGAUAUCUGUAGACAUUAAAGUAACCUGA